AGGCCGCCAGAGCCUGGGGAUCACACAGGAUCCGGAGCUGGUGCUGAUAACAGCGGAAUCCCCUGUCUACCUCUCUCCUUGGUCCUGGAAUAGAGAGCUACCGAUCACCAAGUAGCCGUUAAAAUAUAAUAAAUCCUCAGCACUUGCUCAGUAGUUUUGUGAAAGACUUAAGUAAAAGAGACAUAAGCAGAAUUUUUUUUUUCUUGAAAGACUCCAAAAAUAAAAUUCUCUAGGGAUUAAAAAAAAAAAAAAGAAAAUGCCAGCUGAUAUAAUGGAGAAAAAUUCCUCCUCCCCUGUGGCUGCCACCCCAGCCAGUGUCAACACGACCCCGGAUAAGCCAAAGACAGCAUCUGAGCACAGAAAGUCGUCAAAGCCUAUCAUGGAGAAAAGACGAAGAGCAAGAAUAAAUGAAAGUCUAAGCCAGCUAAAAACACUGAUACUGGAUGCUCUUAAGAAAGAUAGCUCCAGGCACUCUAAGCUGGAGAAAGCGGACAUUCUGGAAAUGACAGUGAAGCACCUCCGGAACCUGCAGCGGGCGCAGAUGACGGCCGCGCUGAGCACAGACCCAAGCGUGCUGGGGAAGUACCGCGCCGGCUUCAGCGAGUGCAUGAACGAGGUGACCCGCUUCCUGUCCACGUGCGAGGGCGUUAACACCGAGGUGCGCACCCGGCUGCUCGGCCACCUGGCCAACUGCAUGACCCAGAUCAACGCCAUGACCUACCCGGGGCAGCCGCACCCGGGCGCGGCGCCCCCUCCCGGCGGCGCACCCUGCAAGCUGGGCAGCCAGGCUGGGGAGGCGGCUAAGGUGUUUGGCGGCUUCCAGGUGGUGCCUGCUCCUGACGGCCAGUUUGCCUUCCUCAUCCCCAACGGGGCCUUCGCGCACAGCGGCCCGGUCAUCCCGGUCUACACCAGCAACAGCGGGACCUCCGUGGGUCCCAAUGCAGUGUCGCCUUCCAGCGGCCCCUCGCUCACGGCGGACUCCAUGUGGAGGCCGUGGCGGAACUGAGGAGCCCAGGCCACCCCGACCCCCUUACUUCCCAACCCACUUCUCUUCCCUCCGGACAAUGAUCAGGAACUUGGACACUGGAAGAGAAGUGUGCUUUUGUGAUUUUUUUUUUUUAAUUUCUAAAAAGUUACUUUUUUUGUAGAAAGCUGAAUUAAGUGACUGACCAUGCACUAUAUUUGUAUAUGUUUUAUAUGUUCAUAUUGGAUUGCGCCUUUGUAUUAUAAAGUUCAGAUGACAUUUCGUUUUUUACACGAGAUUUCUUUUUUAUGUGAUGCCAAAGAUGUUGAAAAUGCUCUUAAAAUAUCUUCCUUUGGGGAAGUUUAUUUGAGAAGAUAUAAUAAAAGGAAAAAGAGUGAAGGUU